AUGGCUGUCACCUCUAUUUCAACUCCUUUCGACUGCAUCCUUCCUUCUAGCAGCUCCGGUAGCUCCAUUAAAAAGCCCAUCAAAUCAGUCUCCAAGCCAUGCUUUGGCUGUGACUGUGGCGAUGAAGAGUGCGAUUUCUGCUGUCCAGACCCAUCGUCAGUGCGAGUUCACUUUGCAGGCAAAGAGUUGGGUGCCAUCAGUUUACUCACAGGCACGCCAUUUCUCUUUCCCGAGGGACAGGAAUGGAUCAAAGCUCGCACAGGACAGCAUAGUGCAAUUGACAGACUUACUCCAGCCCGAGCACCUUGGGAUAAGGAGCGUGGACAAACCUUCAACACUGUUUUGAUGGACAUGAGCACUAACACUUGCAAUCCCUAUGAACUUCCCGACUGGAGAACAGUGCAAGUGUACUUCCACGCAUAUAAGAGUUCCAAGGUGAUGCAGCGCAUCUUUCCGAUUAUAGAUCAGGAUCUUUUCGAGGAGACCCUCAACAAAGCUUACAGUCAGUCGACAUCUACCCUCAAAUAUGGCCAAGCUAGUGCCAGAGUUUGUGUCAUUGCAUUUCUUACCUUUGUUUCUCGCCUACCUAACGUCAAAACCAUUGUCAACGCGACUACUAUGACCACUCCAGUCGAUCAUGAUCUACUUGCCACCAAGGCGCAGUUCUUUAUGCCUCAAGUAUUACAAGAGUCUGCCAGUCUGGACGCAGCCCAGGCUAUUACCAUAUUGACUAUCUUCGAAUUAUCCUCGGGAAAUAUGCGGGCAACAAACUACUACGCAGCGAUUGCUGCGCGACUCAUCUUCAUGCUUGGUGGCAAUCUUUAUCGCGGUGACGUCACCGCGACGGAUGCGCGCAGCCAGAAAAAGCAUGCACAACUGCGGAAUCUAUUUUGGAUUUGCUACACGAUUGAUAAGGACCUUGCACUGCGCACGGGUCAGCCACCUACUAUCACUGACGAAAAUUGUGAGCUGACGCUUCCGCCGGGCUAUCUCGAUCGAGCAUUCUUGGAUGUGGACGACGAGGACGCCCCAUGGUGCGGUCCAGUGUUUCCAUUCGACUUGCGCUUGAGUAUGAUCAAAUCCCGAGCACAUCGAGAGCUAUAUUCAGUCAGCUGUCUCCAGAAAUCAGAUGCCGAGCUGCUCAAGUCAAUUCGAGAACUCGAUGACGCGCUAGAAGAAUGGCGGCUAUCGGUCCCUCCUAAAUGGCGUCCAACCAUGUCCUUUUCUUCCGAGACCUCCGAUCCGAAUAUGGGCAUGAACACUGUUAUGCUGCGUCUAAACUAUCACCUAUGUAUGACCAUCAUCCAUCAAGCGAGUGGAAGAUGCAAGGCAUGGAUGCAAGGACAAAGUGGCAUGAUGGACGGGGUGAGUUCAAGUAUGGCACUUUCAGUAGAGGCCAGUCGGUCAAGUCUAUGUUACCUCGAGGCGGCAGAACAUGUGGUAGUCGACGGGAUUUUCUGGACUCUCAUCUUCUAUCCCAUGUCCGCGCUGCUCACUAUCUUCUGCAACAUUCUUCAGAACCCAUUGGACCCACAUUCGCGCGAAGAUUUGGGCCGAUUGAAAGUCGCCACGGUUAUGAUUGAGCGUAUCUUCUCACGCAAACUGCCUGAAGAUGAGCUCGCGCGCUUCAAAAUGGUCGCCGACUUCAUUGUGGAAUUGAAGCGAUUGGCUGAGUGUGCUAUUGACAAGGCCUGGGCGGAGCAGCGUGCCACCUCUCAUUGA